AUGGUCGAAAAUUUAUACAGCUUUAGUUAUUUCAAUGGUAUUAUAAGAAAUGCGCCGGAAUCAUUAUCAGUAUUUUUACCUAACGUAAAUUGUAAAUUACAUUUUGGUGACAGCGAUGAGGAAGCAAUUCGAUCAAAUAAAUCCGAUGAUACAUUUCCAGUCAUAUUAUUCAUUCACAAACCGAUUAAUUUUUGUUUUCGAAUUCUUUUGGAUCCAAAAAUUGGUCUUGGAGAGACAUACAUGUCUGAAGAUUGGGAUGUACAAUCAAGAAUUCAGGAUUUUUUAACAUUACUUAUUCGUGCAAAACGUUAUAAUAAUUCAACAAAAAAAUUGCAACAAACAAAUUGUUGGUUAAAAAAAUUGUUCAAUUUCCUAAUUUAUUUAAUAAUUCAAUCAAUUCGAUCAAUAAUAUCAUUUAUUAAUUUAAUGCAACAUUAUUAUCAUGCAAAUUCAUUAAAUGGUAGUGCAAAAAAUAUUCAUGAACAUUACGAUCUUGGCAAUGAUAUGUUUAGCUUAUUCCUUGAUCCAUCGAUGACUUAUUCAUGCGCAAUUUUUCAACCAAUUCCAUCUUAUACAAUAACAAAUUCUGAUAGCAAAUUGCUAGAAGAAGCUCAAAUGAGAAAAUAUGAUCAAAUAUUUCACGAAAUAAAUCUUGCAUCCGAUGAUCGAAUAUUAGAAAUUGGUUGUGGUUGGGGUGCUUGUGCUGUACAUGCUGUCAAUUGUUUUGGAUGUAAAUGGACAGGCUUGACAAUUUCUAUGGAACAAUAUAAAAUUGCUCAAAAAAGAAUUAAAGAUAAUGAAUUACAGGAUAAUAUUAACAUCAAACUGCUAGAUUAUCGAUUAGAAAAUGAUAUUUAUGAUAAAAUUAUUGCGAUUGAAAUGAUUGAAGCAGUUGGACAUGAAUAUUUACCACAAUUUUUUGAAACUUUAAAUAAUCGAUUACGUCCAGGUGGUAAGAUAUGUUUACAGGCAAUAAUAUGUCCUGAAUUGUAUUAUGAACGAUAUUGUCGAUCAAGUGAUUUCAUCAAGAAAUAUAUAUUUCCCGGUGGACAUAUGCCAUCUGAACGAGCAAUUAGAGAAGCAUUACCACCAGAAUUAUCAAUUACAAAAACGAUCCAUAUUGGGCAGCAUUAUACGCCAACUUUAGAUUUGUGGUAUUGCGCAUGGAUGGAACAUAAGGAAGAAAUUCUGAAACUUGGAUAUUCGCGGAAAUUUCAUCGCAAAUGGCAAUUUUAUUUUGCAUUGUGUUCUACGCUAUUUAGAUAUUCUCACAUUGAUACCAUGCAAAUACUUAUCGAAAAAUCUUUAUAA